AUGUCUCUGAAAGUCUAUGGGUGACGGCUUCGUUGUGUUUGUUUAUCGUAAUGUUUAAACUAUAUUUUCUCUGUUAAUUCUAUUUGUAUCACUUUAUGCUGUCGUUGAAUUAAAUAAUAAUGUUUGAAUGUUAACUUAUGUUAAUGUACUUUUGAAAUAAAUGCAAAAUGGAGUGUACGCAGAGGAUUGAAUGUACACAAGAAUUAUGUCAAAAUCCUCAAGAGAGGAUAUUUCUUGAAGAGAUUGGAUUCCUGGGCAUAUGUGGAACAAAGUAUCCAAUAAGGAAAGGCCCAAAUAAAAUAGGUAGAGAUCCUGGAACUUGUGAAAUUGUCUUAAAUUUGAAUUCGGUUUCCAGACAACAUGCAGUUAUAAACAUUUUAAAUUCUAAAGAAUAUAUGAUAAUGGAUUUGGGCUCAGCAAAUAAAACAAAAUUACUUGAUAAAACUCUACAACCCUACAUUGCACAGCCUCUAAGAAAUGGUGAUACAGUACAGUUUGGACAAAUUUUUGGCGUAUUUAGGUUGCUUGAGGAUGAAAAUGAUUUACCGAUGACUCAAGCUUUGGAUAUUCCUGACACACCAGUUGUAAACAAACAUGCAUCAAAAUUAAUUAAUUUUCCUCACACUGUGAUACCGGAAUCUCCAGAUGUCAGUGACAAGGAUGAAUCUUUUAUUGCUCCAUCACAGCCUAAAAAUUAUGACGUAUUUAAAAGUCCUUCACAGAAUUAUAUAAAAUCAUUCGGCAGAACAAUCGCCAUACAACCUAUAGGAAGUAAGCAAAUUGACAAUAUUUAUUGGAAUUCUUCAAAAAAAUCAGUAUCUAUUGAUAUGAGUCUAAAUGAGUCAGAUACCGAACCUGGACUUAUAAAAAAUACAGUAGUCGAAGAAAAUAUUCAUGAUAUGGAAACCCAAAUUCCUUCAAAUGAUCUUGAUGAUUUAUAUUCUGCUGAAACACAAUUAUGUGAUAACUCAUUACAACCUGGAAUUUCAAAAACAAUCAUACCAAAAACUACAAGACUUGAAAAAGAAUUGGAUGUUAAUGUAGAAAACAAAGAAAACAAUAAUAGUAUAUACAAUGCAGAUACACAAUUUACAAUCGCUGAAAGUGAUGUGAAUGGUAGAAAUAGCACAGGAAAUAUAUCUAAUACUGAAAAAAUAUCUAAAUCCAGACUAAGUUUAUCUGAUGAAGAAAUUAUCUUUCAAGAAGUAGAUGGUGAACCAUUGGAUGAAGAUUUUUCAUCUCAACCAUUGUUACUUUCAGAAACAAUAGAUGGUACAGAAAAUGUCCUGAAUUCUGAUAAGUCCAUAGAAAGAAAUGUUGAAAAGGAAAAACUUAUAGAAGAAUGUGAUAAUAAAUCUGAAGGAUCUACCGAUUGUGAGGAUUUUGAAAUGUUGCUUACACAAAAAAUACCCAGCUUAAAUGAAAAUAAUGCAACCUCUGAAAAAUGCAUUAUGCCUAAUAAGGACAAUGUGAGUUCUAAUAAAAAUCUAGACAUAGAUGACGAUAGUACUGAUUGUGAAGAUGAUUUGUUUGGUAAUAACAAAGUUAAUGGAAACAACAAAAUAACAGUAAAAUCUAAUUUAUUAAAUUUGAGAAUGACAGAAAGUAAAGACGCAAGUAAAAGUGAAAUUAAUAAUCUAAAAGACCAAACAUCAGAAAACACAAAUUUUGAAGAUAUGCUCACACAAGUCGUUGAAGUAGUAAACGAUCAAAAUGAAGUUGAUAAUUCAAAUUAUCCCAAAGAACAAAAUUUUGAAGAUUUACCUACCCAAGUGAUAUCAUUUACUUCAGAAGAAGUAUUAAAAGAAAAUAAAACAGUCCAAGAAAAAAGUCCUUUUAAAGUUCCAUUUAAGACCGUUAAAAGCACCAGAAAAAAGGAUACUAACUCUUCAAUUAAAAAUGUUUCAAAAAUAUGUGAAGAUGAUGAUGAAAAUUUUUAUGCAGCGACCCAAGACAUAUUUCAAGAUUUAUGUUCACAGAGAGACAUAAAUACAGAGAACAAGUCUUCUAACAUUAAUACCGGAAAUGCGAAUUUUGUGCCUGAAGCAACUGGUGUAAAAGGUGAUAAGUUAGUAAGUAAUAAAUUCGAAGAGAUGGAUGUCGAUGAACUAAAAUUUACAAAACAGAAGAAUGCAGAUAGUACUAGUAGCUCUGAUUUAGAAUGUACUCCAAAUAAUUCACAUAAAAAUAUUACUUUCAUGAUCACAGAGCCACCCAAUAGUCAAGAAAUAGUAAAAAAUAUUACGUUUAAUUCAAAACCAAUCGUUAUGGAAUCCUUUAGUGAUUCAGAAGAUAAUGCGUCGGAACAAAACACACCAAUUCUGUUUCACAAGCGCAAAAGAAUUAAAAAUACCAAACUCGAUUUGACCAAAAAAAUUGAAUUAGAAAGCCUUCCUUCGAGAACAAUCACUAGGAAAAGAAAACCUACAGCUAAAGUAGAAAAUAACAGUUCCGAAAUUAAAAAUACUUUUAAAAAUAUUCUUGCGCCUAAAGUUUUUGGUGAUCAGGAUGAAAAUGUUGAUAAAGAAAUUAUCGCGGCUAAUAUAUCCCGAAUAAAAAACACAAAGAAUAAAGAAGAAAAGAGAAAAUCAAAUCAGAAUGAAAGCAUAAAAGCAGCUCUAUCAAAACAAGAAAAAUUAAAAUCUAAUAAAAUAGACAAAGAGAUUAGUGUUACAGAAAAGAACAAUGAAAGUCGCAAUGAUUCAAAGAAAAGCAGAACUGAUAAAAAUCCUUUAACUAAUGAAAUUAAAAAACGCAAAACGAAAAAAAACGAAAGUGAUAAUUUAGACUCAACAAAAUCAGAACAAAGUCCAGAAACUUCUAAAACUGAUACAACUAGACAACGGAGUACAAGAAUAAAGCGAACAGAAGACAAAAGUAAACCUAAAAAAGACAUUAUUAAAGUCUCCAUAAAGCCUAAAGGAAAACGUAGUUAUGAAGAAGAAAUAAAAGAUGAAUCACCUGAAAAAGAAAUAAGGAGAAGUAAACGACAAAAGAUAAAGAAAGAUAUAGAAGAGAAGAAUGCAAAGAAAACGCGAAGUAAUAAGAAAAUACAAAAUGAAAUAACAUCGUACUAUGAGAGAGAGAAAAGUAUUAUAUACAAGCAAUCGGAUGAAUCAAGAUUUAGUUCUCCUAGAAGUGCUUUGUCUUUAAAAGAGGAUGUUUCUAUGAACAAAAGUGAAGCCACAUCCAGUCCAGAUAGAAGAUCGUUACGAAGAACUGCUUUAAAAAAUACUAACCACAAAGUUUUGUUCACGGCAUUUUCACAUCCAGAUAUCAACAUCUUGUAUCAGCUGUUGGAGAAACUAAAUGCGGUUAUAGUGACGGAUGUGAAGGCGUGCACAGUGGUAGUAACUGUAGAGUUAAAGCGGACAUUUAAAUUACUGUGCGCGGUGGGACUGGGCAAACCCAUCGUCGGCACAACUUGGAUACAAGCCUGUCGUGAUUCUAAUAUGAUUGUCGAUCCAUGGCUUUAUUUACUAAAAGACGAGCUAAGAGAGAAUCGUUUCAAAUUUGAGUUAGCUCGCACUCUGAGAAGCAAAAGGAAUUUCCUCAAGGGAUACAAUGUCUCUUCCACACCUAAAGUUGAGCCAGGUCCUAAUGAGAUGAAAUUGAUUGUAGAAUGUUCCGGUGGGAAUUGGAAGGAGGGUGGGUCGCAGUGGGUUUGUGUUUCAACGCUAGAAGAUAGGGCUCUCUGGCCCUCGCUAAAGCGCAGGGGAGCGACAAUAGUCAACCCUGAGUUCAUUUUAGGCGGUGUUUUACGACAAAGGAUAGAUUUAGAGAAAAAUAUAUUAACGUAAUGUUACACCGUAGUUUACCUAUUGGCCUUGUUGAUUCUUUUGAUGCGAAUCUCUAAGCCCUUCUAUAUUUUUAAGACAGCUUUCUGUUUUUAUCAAUAAUAAAAAAAUCAAACAAAAUAGGACCCACCUGCAAG